AAACACGUAGCAUUUACGCUGCCACUAAAUCUUGAACUACACCACGAAACAUUCAAGUCAGCUGCUAAAAUGUCUGCAUUCGCGCAAGCGUCUAGCUUGUUCGCAAGUGUCAAGGGCCCCGACGGAUUCAUUCAGACACUGCCAUUCCUAGAAGUCUGUAGACAGGUGCUGCCAGUUGUGGACAAGCUGGGCACGGCAUUUGCCCUGGUCAAGACGGAUAUCGGCGGGAAUAUCGAGCGGCUGGCCCAGCGAGCUGCCAAGGACCCAGAGCGCUACAAGCGCCUCUUCACGAUCGUCCAGGACGAAGUGGUAGAAAAGACUCACACAGAGAGCACGUCCUGCACAAAGGGCCUCCUAUGGCUCAAGCGCGCCAUGGAGUUUGUGUGCGCGCUAAUGCGGCGCAUCCACGACGAUGCGGCCACACCGCUGAGCACGGAGGUGGAUGAAACGUACCGGGCCACGCUGAUGCAGUUCCACGGCUUUUUCGUGUCCAACGCUUUCUGGCUGGCGUUCAAGUUCGUGCCCAGCCGUGAGGAGUUCCUCACCAACGUGGGUGGCAGCGGGCCGGAGGUGAUGGGCGAGAUGGCGGCCUUUGUGGACGGCUUCUCGGCCCUACUGGAGGAGGUCCACAAAUGGAUGGUGGAGCAGGGGCUCAAUGACCCCACCAAGGUGUGACACAGGCAGCCGUGACGCUGCCGCAUGGCAUCCACUGCCGCGCCAUCGCGGCUGAACGUGCACAUUGUACCAGUGUUGCGGAGGCAGGCGUGAGCGUGUGGCGCUGGCCGCAUACCAACAAAGUUUGAACGGUACAUACGAUAGGAAGGCGAGGAGGGGGAGGAAGGGAGUAAAGGCGACUGGGGUUUGAAUGUUUUGAGGAGGAGGAGGCGCAGGGCCUGGGUGGCGGCGGUGGCACAGGGCCUGGCGGCGGCGGCGGCAGCGGCCCUGGGUCAAGCAGUGGCGGCGGGUGUGCGUAGCGAAGGGGGCAGGCAAGGCCACGUGGAGGAGCAGAUCGCGUCGCCGCCCAGGAAGCGGCGCCAGUGCCCAGGUUGAGGCCCGGCCGGUGUCUGGUUAGCAGUUUCUGCUGGCGAGCAUAGCAUGGCACGGUAUAUAGUGGGAUUCAUUGCUGUUUGUCUUGUUGCCUGCUGUGCUUGUGCUUGACAGGGGGACCUGGCUGGACACAUGGCCGGCGGUGCCUGUAUCAACCGACCCCGGCGAUAGGAGGACGGUGACGGGUGCAGUUAGUGAUGACAUGUGUACAAAUGGCUGCGACGAAUGUUCAAGUAACGGGUGUAACAAGGAACGGGAGAUGUGGUAGACGCGAGCGGCCUCAGACGGGAGACGUGCUGCCGGCGUGGGCGCUGCCCAGUUGUCUCUUGAGGGUUUAUUUGUCGAAUAGGCAAGGGUACACGCAACAGGCUGGUUGCUGUCUUGGAGCAGGUGCUUAAAUCGUUGAGCAUGGCCCAGCAUGGUUCUGGUCUUCUGGAAGCGGCAAGGCCGGCUGCAGAGCACGCUAGCUCCAGGGAAAUGCCACGGGAGUGUCAUGAUGCUGUGGUGUAUACCGUAUCACCUGGACGGUACAUGGUGUGUGGUCGUGUGUCGUCAUUCAUCAAGUGGGGUAAAGCACUAAAGCCCCCAUAGACCCAUACACCUCGCAUACUCGUGUUCGGCAAUCAGACUUUGGUUCAGAC